AUGUUUUAAAAUAUCAUUCAAGACUCAAUUUGCUCAGAGAAAGAGAUAUCUGAAUAGGAUUUGCACUCUCCUCACACUAUGGAUUUGGAACCAUUUUCUGAUUUUGAAUCCAAUUUUCAUUGUACCAAAUUUUUCUUUAUUUUACUAUAUAGUGUCUUUUUUUACCGAGGAACCAAUCCUAGAAUGUCAAACUGAAGUUUCUCAGAUAGCAUUGAAGAUUAAAGAAGAGGACACUAAUUCUAAUCAGUAGAAUUAGGAAAUAAAUAAAAGAAAAUAGAAAAUUUGGAAUGAUGAAGAGGAUUAAAGAUUAAAAUAUCUAUUUAAUUACUAUCAAGGAAAAUGGAACGAAAUCGUUAAAAAUAUGCCUUAAAGAAAUGCAUCAUAAUGUCAAUAAAGGUGGAGAAGAAUCAAUCCACCAAAAGAAGUAUUAUCUUUAAUUUAUUAAUGAAUAGACAAAGCAUAUAUGGACUUAAUAAUAAGAUGACCAAUUAAAAUUAUUAGUUCAACAAUUUGGAAGAUAAUGGAUGAAAAUAGCUAAAUGUAACUAUUAUUUGUAUUCAAUUUAUAGUCCUUGGAAAUAUAACAGGAAAAUAGGCUCGUGAUCGUUACAUCAAUAAGUUGGAUCAAUCAAUAAAUAAAGAGCCAUGGACUUAUGAAGAGGAUAUGUUGGUUUUAGAUUACUUUGUUAAUCAUGGACCUAAAUGGACAAAAAUCUCUAAUUUACUAGUUGGAAGACCUGUAAUAAAAUUUCAUUCUAUAUAUAAGGAAAAUCAUGUUAAGAAUCGAUUCUAUAGUUUCAUUAAGAGAAAUUACCUUGGUGAACAAAAUCGAUACCAAAUUAUUUAUUCUUGAA